GUAGUUGAGUUGGGGGGCAUUUAAGCACGGGGAAGUAACAGAAGAAAGUCUGCGGAGAAAAAAGAAAACAGAGAGGAGGAAAACAUCGGCCUGCAAAAGAAAGGUUUUGAUUAAUUUGGCUUCAAUGGGUAACACACAAGUAACUGCGCAAUCUGAGCAGAUAGCACCAGAAUCCCCAGCAAUCACUCAAGACCUGACUACAAAAGGACCAGAAGCCGAUGCAAAGCCGAAGAAGAAAAUUUGCUGUGCCUGUCCUGAAACAAAGAAGCUUAGAGAUGAAUGCAUUGUGCAACAUGGAGAGAACAAAUGCGGUAAAUAUAUUGAAGCCCACAAACAAUGCCUACGGGCUGAAGGGUUCAAUGUGUGAUGAUCUUUGGAUGAUAGUUCAGGCUGAUAACAGUUAACUUUUCAGAGAUCUUGGAUGAUUUUUUCCCCCCAAAACGUAUACUUGAUCUGUUCAUCUGUUUGAAGAUGUAAUGAAUAAAAAUGCCACAAUGUUUUUUUAUGGAUAUGUCUAUUGCUUUGUGCAUGUACACUGCAGUUUUGUACUGAUAUCAUAGCAGUUCGAGGUUUCUUUCUUUACUUAAAAUGUUGGGCUCGCCCACUUAUAGAGAUUUCUUGAUGUUAUCUCAUAAAAUUGCAUCUUUUUAUGUUUGAUGAA